AAAGUUCUGGUUUUUAGCCGAGCUACUCUUGCUUGGUUGUUCGAAACUUUACAGACCGACAGUAGUUAUGUCUAGAGAGUAGUUUCAUUUAGAGCAACGCUAUAAACUUAUGAUAUUCACAUCACAUUUAUUUUAACAAUAUUUUAAGUUUAUAUUCGGUGGAAGGCUGACGGUUCUGCAUUCUAACAGUUUCGUUUUGGGUUACAGAAAUCGAAAGUACUAACGUUACUGACAGAGAGGCCGUCUACGCAGCUUUUCCUGUCUACCAGCGAAGUUGUUUCAAAUAGUUUUGAAGCUAUUUAAAUGACGAAGAAGAACAUGCAUUACUCAGAGGAAGUCUGCAAGUAACGUAACGCCAAUGCCUUAGGCCCAUGCCCACGCUGAAAACACUGGCAUCAACCUGAAAACCUGCCUUACUUCAGCUUUCCAAGUGACAUUUUCAACAAAUGGCUUCAGCUGACAACAAAAUAUACUUCAUCAUAACCGUAAAGCCACCUUCACCCUAUGGGUACAUAAAUGCUGGUGAAAUAUGCUUCAUAGAUAAACAACGAUUUGAUUUAAGGAAAAAGAGAAACGACACAAACAUUUUACCCGUAAUUUGUGGGAGCGGCGCAUUCGAUGUAUAUCUUGAUAAAGUUCUUCUGCAACCGCUGAAACGCAGAUCAGCUGAAUUACUUCUGGCUCUUGAGUGCAAUGAAGACCGACUCAUGGCCAUAAAUAAUUCUGAGGCUUUAGAGAAAGCUUCAAAUCUGUCUGAAGGCGAACAGGUUGAUGUGGAAUAUAAUGGGCAAUGGCUCAAAGGUGUGAUUCGAUACAUUGGUACUCUCACAUCAAGCAGUUCAGGAGUCUUCUUCGGGGUGGAACUUCAGGGUGAUGAUAAAGGAAAAGGCCAAAAUGAUGGUUCCUACUUCAAAACCUACUUCAGAUGUUCCAAAAACUCAGGUGUUUUUGCCCCUUUUACAAGAAUAAGACCAGUGGAUCAUAAACCAUCAGCACCACCAAAACCAGCUCAGUCUUCCCUGUCCAUGACAUCUAUUGAACCUCUCAAAGUUGGAGACAGAGUAACCUUUUUUGGUAAACAAAGUGAUCACCAUGGCAUGGUUAUGGAUAUAAUGGACAGCCCAGAUGGUAAAAGGGUUCUCAUAUCUACUGAUAAGGAUGAAGAAGGGAAGCAGGGGGGAGAGAUGUUGGUCCCGUUUGAUUUUGUAAUUAAAGAGGAGCCGUUAAAUAAAGUAGAUGAAAUUGAAAAAAUGGACACUUCUCAGGGCCCAGGGACGAGGAGUGCCACUGAUUCUGAGGAAAUUACCGUUGGCUCCCUGGUGCAGUUUCUGGGAAAAACACUAGUUUAUGGAAUUGUUCGCUGGAUUGGACAUUUACCUGAUUUCCCUGGGAUGACUGCGGGACUGGAACUGGAGGAUGGCAGUGCCGGCGUGAAUGAUGGAACGUAUAAAGGAAAACGGUACUUUGACUGCCCUCCUCAUUGUGGUUUAUUUGUGAGACUGUCAUCCUGUCGACCUGAUGAUCGGUUUUCUGGUGGAAAGAGGCUGUCCAAUGGACACCCUGACCCCGAUGAGACAAUUGUAUCUGAGGAAGAGGAGAAUGUGCCACCUAUUAAAACAGAAGAUGUGUCAAACUUACUAAUUGGUCAAAUGAAAGGCAUUCAGGGUCACUGCAACUCCUGUUAUAUGGACUCUGCCCUGUUCAGUGUGUUUUCCUGUUCAUCAGUUCUGGAUUCUCUGCUUUUUAAGUCUACAGAAUAUGAAACCAUUCAAAGAAUUCUGCUAAAGAACAUUGUCAACCCUCUCCGAAAACAAGGUUUUGUAUCGGAGCGCAGUGUGAUGAAUCUUCGGAAACAAUUACAGAAACGGGAACACUGCCCCACUUACACCACAGAUGAGAAGGAUCCCGAGGAGUUCCUGUCUCUCAUCAUGCAGGAGAUUCUCUUUCUGGAUCCGCCACUGAUACUAUGCAGCCAACCUGGAAGCAAACAAAAAUUGCAAAGCUGUUACUACUACCAAAUCUUUAUGGAUUAUAACCACCAUUUAGUCCUGCCAACGGUUCAACAGCUACUGGAACAUUCAUUUUACAGCAACAGUCUCAAACUAGCAGAGGUUCCCGCCUGUCUGAUUCUUACUAUGCCUCGCUCAGGAAAGAGUUUCAAAAUGUUUCCAAAAAUCAUUCCUUCUACAGAACUGGACAUCACAGGUCUUCUAGCGGAAGGUCCUCAGCAGUGUGUGUUGUGUGGUCAGCUAGCAAAUCAGGAGUGUGCUGAGUGCUUCAGAGACACAGUGUUUAGUGAUACAGGAUUCAAAUAUUUCUGUGUGAAAUGUUCUGCUCAGGUGCACUCUCACCAGCAGCGUCGAUGCCACAAACCCAGCACCCUGCUUCUUCCUCAGGGCUUCUCUUGUUCACAGAGAUCAGGGUCUGAUCACCGCACUCCUCCACGGGAGAAACUCGAGCUGUUUGCUGUGCUGUGCAUAGAGACCAGCCACUAUGUCUCUUUUGUCAAACACGGACCUAAAGAUACUGACUGGAUCUUUUUUGAUAGUAUGGCAGACCGCGUCGGUGAAAGUGAUGGCUAUAAUAUCCCAGAGGUACGCGCAUGUCCUGAGGUCGGCCAAUACCUACAUAUGCCUCUGGCUCAGCUGGCUAAUCAAGUGCCUCGAGAGAUGGAAGGUGUUGCGAAACGACUUUUCUGCGACGGUUACAUGUACCUUUAUCAGAGCAAGACCAUGUGUCUAUAUAGAUGAUUAAAUCAAUGCGUACAUGCCCGUAAGUGCGAGUGCGCCAUUCGAUUAGCUACGAACAGGUCUGCUUUGUAAUGUAUAAUUCAUAAUGAUAUGUUCUUUUUGAGGAAAAUUGUAAAACUAUAUGCUUCUGCUCCAUAUUUGAGCAUUUAUCAGUCAAAUAUUUUCACUUUCUUUUGGCAUUAUUAACUUUCUGUAUGGAGUUGCAGUAUUGCAUUGCCUGGGGUGGGGGCGGUACACACUCUUUGAAACAUGCUGGAAGAAGACGAUGCAGCUGAUAUGCUUUUAAGCUAUUUAGACUUGAAUAAAAGUACACACAUUUUUAAAGUAUGUGUAUAAAAAAUAUAUAUAUAUAUAUAUGAUUGUGUUCUUUUCUUAUCCGAAUGGGGAGAGAUUUUAUGUUUUCUUGACCUACUGUAGCUUGCUGCCUAAUUCAUAUUAACAGAAAAGGGAGUCAAGACAAUUUUUGCUUACAUGUAAUGCUGACAAGAUAGAGAUUUCUAUAAAACAUGAAGUUGAUGACUUGCAGAAUUCCAAUUGUAAUUUUGAGUUUGUAUUGGUUCUUGAGAUCCUGUAUGAAGCUUUCUGGCUACUGACUAACACUGUGAGCAAUGCUGUAUGUAACAAUCACUGUCACAAAUGACCUGUCAAAAUAUUUGAAUUUAUUUGUUUUAGUCUAUUUGAUUUAAUUCCAGUGAAAACUAUCAACCAAAAAAUAAAUGUCUUGACAGGAA